AUUGCACCCUUCGAAGGCUGGAGGAGAUGAUGAAAUUGUGAAGAUGGAAAAUGAACAAGUGAAUGCUAAUGACGUAGAGGCCAUGUGCUGGAAGGCAGCACUCCAUCUGUGAGAACAAGACAAAAUAAAAAACAAAAGACUACCGUAGUGCGCGCUCAGCUGCCGAACGCUGUAGGAUAGAGAACGGAGGUUGUAUUUGGUUUUGUGGGAGUUGAUGGUUAGUCUCGACAAUUCAUCUCUUGUAAAUAUCAUCUCGUUUAUUCAAAGAUAGUUGUACGUAUUGUGCCGUCUUGGUGUUGGUAAGUGGCGUAUUGUUCACGAUUGUUUUUAAGAAUUGGCUGAAGUGUGAUGUCAAGUAGUGCAUCAGGAGUUUAACGCGAAAUGUGCUAGUGGACAGACAGGGUUUUGGACGACCGAUUAUACUGUUGUGUCAUUCCUAUGCUUCGUGCACGUGUCGUUAUUGUUGGAAUAGUUUAUAUUUUACCGUGUUCAGAUUUAGGGUGCAUACAUAAAAUCAAUGGCAAGUCAAUAGUGUUUGGACAUUCAUAUCUUUAUAAAAGUAAAUAUUAAAAUGAACAGCCAUAGUUUUACUUUGGCUGAAAGACUAAUUCCUGCAACUUAUUUGCAACAAGCAGCAGCAGCUAAGAAGACCAGAGAAAAUCUCAUUAGACAACUUAUUGAGCAGCGAAAAUGGCCAGAAGAGGGAUGGGAUGACACCACAAUUGAGCUAUUUUUAGCAGAUUUGGCACAAAUGGACAGUAAUAAUUUUCCUGGUAACUGUGGUAUUGGGGAGCGAGAAGCCAGAAUUGCUUCAACUCUUGUGGCUCAGAGACAUUAUCGUUUGGGUCAUGGUAUUGGACGUUCUGGGGAUCUUGGAGAAGUACAGCCAAAGGCAGCGGGAUCAAGCUUAAUGAACAAACUAACAAAUUCCCUCGUUUUGGAUGUUAUUCGUUACAUGGGAGUAAAGACCUCAGCUGGGUGCUUUGUUGUUCCAACUGCCACUGGGAUGAGUCUUGUACUCUGUAUGCUGACCUUAAAGCAAGAAAGACCAGAUGCAAAAUUUGUUUUAUGGCCUAGGAUAGACCAGAAAGCUUGUUUCAAGUGUAUUAUUACAGCAGGAUUUCAACCUAUCAUUAUUGAAGCAAGCAUUAGUGGAGAUGAACUCCGCACUGACUUAGCUGCAAUGGAACACCAGAUGGUGACUCUUGGUGCAGAAAAUAUUGCAUGUGUGCUCACUACCACCAGCUGCUUUGCUCCCCGAGCAAGUGAUUCUGUAGAACAAGUGGCCGUUUUAUGCAGUCGUUACAAUAUUCCACACAUCAUAAAUAAUGCUUAUGGGCUUCAGAGUUCACGAUGUAUGCAUCUCAUCCAAGAGGCAGCAAGAAAAGGGAGAGUGGAUGCAUUUGUACAGAGCACUGACAAAAAUUUUCUGGUACCAGUUGGAGGUGCCAUAAUUGCUGGGUUUGACAAAGGCUUUGUAGAACGAAUAUCAAAAACAUAUCCAGGUAGAGCAUCAUCUAGUCCAUCUAUGGAUGUGUUCAUAACUCUUCUAUCUCUUGGUGUAAAUGGUUACAAGAAUCUCAUUACUCAAAGGAAAGAAAUGUACACGUAUCUCAAAGAAGAACUUAGUAAAGUCGCUUUCAAACAUGGAGAAAGAAUUCUUGAAACUAAAAAUAAUCCAAUAUCUAUGGGAAUGACGUUAGCUUCACUGGCUGGAAAUGACAGGAAAAGUGUGACUCUCUUAGGUUCGAUGUUAUUCAUGAGGUGUGUGUCAGGUACCAGGGUGGUUUCAGGUGUUGAUGUUAAAGAAGUUGCAGGGUACAAGUUUGAAGGGUGGGGUGCACAUACUAGCAACUACUCUGUUCCUUAUCUGACAGCAGCAGCAGCAUUGGGAAUGAGGAAAUCAGAUGUAGAUCUGUUCUGCCAUCGAUUAGACAAGACAAUGAUGAAGUUGAAAGGUCGCAGUGCACCCCCUACCCCAACCUCUGUGGAGGAACUGGCUGCUAUGCGCCGAGUGAUGAGGGGAGGAUCAAGCACACUGAACGGGGAAGGAGGCAGUGGAAGUGGAAGUGGAGGGGAACAGCAAAGUCAAAGCAGUGCAAGCACAUCUCUUGCCAGCAGCAAAGACAGCCUGCGCAAGUGAUGAAGAAACACAGCUAACCCUAACUAGGUUUUCUCCUGCAUUACUCACUUAAGCUGUUGUGCUUUGUAUAUUACAAGCCAACUGCUUUUUAGCCAAACCAAUCUCUGUAUACAUGCGUGUUGACAUAUGCACAGGGAACUGUGUGUUUGGGAAUGCUAUUUCUUUUGUGUUGACCAUUCAGUCAAUCCUUAUGAGCUCUUCUUUGUAUGAGAGAAGAGAUUUUAUUUCUGACAAGACCAUGAUAUCCAUGAAGUAGUGAUUUAUGUUUAUCAUUUUGUACCAGAAAAGAUAAAUUUGUUUUCAUUUUGACUGUUUAAGUAUUAAGGUGAUAUACAUUUUAUUAAUGAACAUGUAAGAGCAGCUCGAAGACAUGUUACGGGUUUAGUGUUUCAAAUUUUUUGCAUCAGAGUUGGUUAGUUGUAUUGUUUUCAAAGUACCUGCGUAAAAAAGUAUUAUUUAUGUUUAUUUAUUAAUAUUUAUUACUCUAAUUAUUAUUGACAUUUACCAAAUGUUACUAGUUAAACUAGUUAGCUAUGAAUGUUUGUAGCCACAGAAUGCACAAGAUAAAGUAGCGUGCAGUGUGUCAAGAAACCAGUUCUCUUUAUUCAGUGGAAUGGUAGAAUAGGAAAAUUGAGGUCUGAUGUGUUGGGACCUGUAGAACAUGAGUUCUCGACUUAAGUUUCUACAAUCAUGUAGAUUCACCUCAGAAGUGGCAAAUGAUACACUUAAUUUAUUAAUCUGAAAAUGCUAGUUCAGUAUUAAUACUGCUGUAUUAAUUUUGUUUACCACUGGUAGAGCAAUACCUGUGUGAGGAGAUUUAGAAAGUUCUCUACAUUAAUUGUAAUUUAUUGGAAGAUGCAAAUUGUAGGCCUAACCCAGGUAUGGGCAACUAAUCUCUUUUAGGCUUAUGAAAAUUUUUGCUGUUGCUAAUAAGUUUCUGGUGAAAAUUUUGCAAGUUUGCAGCUGUGAUAUAAUUAAUGUAUUUUCCCAUUUUUGGAUUUCUAUGACAUCUUUUAGAAGCAAAACAAAGCUAAAAUAUUGGCUUACUGUUUAGAGGCAGAAUUAACCAUUUUAAUAUUCUGUCUUUGCAAACAUCAAUUACCCUUAAAAAGUUGCCAUUACCUGAAGUAGAAAGCCUAAUGCAUUUAGGGUGUGUAACUUAAUCAUUGAAAUGAUGCUGCUAUUAGUUUCAUUGUGACGUGCAAUAAAUAAUAUAUUCUUUUUUGAGUAUUAUGUUGUAUGUAGAAGAGAUUUACAAAGCUUUGAAAAUGAGUGUUAAUCAUAAGCGUUCAUAAUUUGAGCAUGUAUGUAUGUUCCACUUCAAAUUACAAUCAUAAAUUAACAAUCAUAAAUGAGAUUGAAAUCAGAUUCUCAGUGAGAAUUAAUACUUUACUGUAUUUAUGAACUUAGGUAUUUUUCUAGUUCAUCUUUGCAUUCAGUGUGGUAAAAGUCAAAAAUGAGGCACUUUGAUCAGUACAGUAGAUUAUUCUUGCUUCUUUUAGAUAUAAACAUGUAAAUCUGUACAUAAUGCAUUGUAGAUUUGUGGUGGGUGGUUCCACACUUGUACAUAUGCAAAAUUGCACGUCUGAGUGAUGGUAGCAUCAGACUUUAGAGUCACCACUUAAAAAUUGCAGCUUUUUUAUGCAUAUUAUAAUGUAAACUUUUCCUUUUUUAUUCCAAGUACAGUCUUUGAACAUACAUUUUCUGAGAACUUGAUUUCUGGGAUACUGUUAUUUCUUGGAUGUCUUGAAGCGUUGUGCACAAUAAUGUAAUCUACAUUGAUGCUGCUCUUUAUAAGUGGUGUAACUAUAGUACAUUGGGAGCUCUUAGAGUGCCCUUAGUGACCAUAGCACUGCAUUGUAUUUUGAAUUUUUGUCUUGGUUUGUGAAAUGAGAUGAGAAGAUGAGAAUGGUAUAACAAGAGCGAUGUACCUCUUCCUUAAUGGAAGAUGGUAUAUAAACAUUCACCUGUGUGCAUUCCCCUGUUGGACUAACAGAAUGCAUGAUAGGUUUUUGACUUCUUAAGUGAAGUUUCUGCUAGAUGAACAUCACAAAAUUCUCAGGUGCCUGAUGUAACAGAGUACGCGUUUCAUUUUACAUGAUUUUAUAAUCAAGAGAAAGUUGUGGCAUUUCAAUUUGCCUCUUGUGGACCAUUCCUUUUUAUGGCUUAAAUACAAAUUACUUCUGUGAAGUAAGCAUAUGUUGUGUUGUUUUAUGGUUUAUUUGCUCUUCUAAUGUAAAUAAAGUACAUAGUACAUGGAGUGUGAUUUCAUCAGAGGAACUACUAGAAAUAAAGAGAGAUCCAUUAAACAUUCUUUGUAAAUUAAUUACUUUUUUCAUUCGGUGCAUUUUGCCUCUGAACCUUUUAUGGUCUUAAUAUGCUGCAGUUAUGCUGAGAAUUUUUAUAUCCAUUUUUUAAGGAUUUUUCCAUCAAACAUGAGUCAGCCAUUGACUCAGAGAACUCCUUAGUGAAAUAUGUUGUACACAUAUACAUGUACAAACCAUUGAUAAAUGCGUAUUGGAUUACUUGUCUAAACAUUAAUUACAUGUGAAAUACCCAAACAAUACUUAAAUAUUCAGAGUGUCUUUGAAACUGGAAAAUUAAAGUAUACUCAAUAUAAUAGAUAUAAUUUGUCUGAAUUAAAGUAUUAGAGAUUAAAAUGGACCUUUCAGAAUACAUUUAGAAAAUCAGCUGUAUGUGUAUAUGAAUGUUCCUUGACUUUUGUGUUCUAAAUAUUUGUCAUGUAGAGAUCACAUUUCUCUAGUUUUAAGUUCCUAUUGUAAAUAUUUGAAUGUAGUAUGAUAAGGCCUCAUUAAUAAUUAUAAUUGUGGUUUAGUUGAAGUUAGUUUCUAAAUGGCAUUUAAGAGUUAUUACAGAGGAGCAUACAAGAGUUGGAUUUGGAAGAAAUGAGAAGAGCAGAAAUGUCCAGGUUGUGGAAUUUUAAUAUCAUUGUUGUGAAGAUUUAAGCAUUAGAGCAAUUGGAGGUUAUUCUAAAUAAUGUUCUUUAAUAUGUGUUCUUAAUAUAUGAAAAGAGAAUGUAUUUUUAACUGCUGGAAUUCAAAGGUUUGUGAAAGUUAUGACAAAGUCUACAUUUCGCCUUUGUGAUGAAUGUAAGAUCUGAUUUGGGAAUUCAACAAUACCAUACAACUUGGUAGUGAAUUUGUGUGUUGGCUGUGUAAUGCUGUGUUGAUAAUGUGCCCAAAGAACUUGUAAAAACUGUUUGGAAUAGACGUAAAUUCAAUUUAAUUGCAUUUCACCAAGUGAGCUAUGAUAAAGUGCUCCAUUUUAAGCAAAAUUUAUUUUCAGAAGCACAAUAGCAAAUUAAUUAUACAUUUAAAGACUGUAUUAAUACAUUUGCUUAUUACUGAAGUGGCAAUUACGUUUUGUUGGCAUUUUCAUAGCAAAAGUGACACUAUAUGACAAUAUUUUACAAACACUACAGUAUAUUAAAAUAAUUUCCAUGAAAUUAUUGUAGUGCCAAGGCACUGUAAAUAUCAUAAACACUGGAUUGUAUUGGAGGUUAUAAUAUGACAAGGACGGAGGGUAUUUCUUUGAAACAUUGAUAUUUAUAUAAACAAUGCUUCUACAUAUGUCAAAGACUUUUCUCUUAAUAUGUAUUGAUUAAUGUUUAUUUCAAAACGAAAUUUAUGGAAUAUUUUCAUACUUUUACUGAACUCAAAUUGCAUGAAAUCAAUGCAUCAGAUGCCAAGCAUUUUCACUGUUUAAUCUUUUUUUUUUAAAUAUACGUUCUUUUUAUAGUUAGCUUUACAUUGACUCAAAAAUAUUACUUUUUGAAAGUAAAUACUUCAUUCUGAAGUUUAAAAAAAAUGCAGAUUAAACUUUGUGUAUGAAAGCAUAGGAAAAGGAUUUUAUCUUGUUCACCCUAAACUGGAAAUCAAAGCUAAAUUGCAAUAUCUCCAGCUGCUGUUAUUUAAUUAUAUAAAUUGCUGCUGUUAUAUAAAUUUCUUUAUCUUUUUUAACAAAAAACAUACAGGGAAGAAAACAGAAGCAAUACUACUGGGCUGAUGAUCCAAUUGUUUAUUAAAAAUGUGUGUAUAACUUGUAAAUGCAGAACAUAAUGUUCUAGAAUGGAUCUAGUAUGGAGUAUUAUUUGAGUUUUUAAAAUUGGAUUAGCCAGCAUUAUGUCUUUUAUUAGACAAAGCUAAAACAAAAGUAUUUAUCAUGAUAUAUAUCUAUAAGAGACUAAAUUGUGUGAACUUCCCGUCUAAUUAGUAUUUUUUUUUUUAAAUAAGAGUAGCAAACUUGUUAUUUGUUAAAAUGUUUAUUGGCUUGUGCUAGUUGGAUGAGCAGGGUGAACCAGUGGUUCCUCUAUGUUGGAAAAAAUGUCUAUUUAAUACAAGAAUAUUAAUCCACUUUAAAAAUCUACAUUACUUUUAAAGUUAACUUAUGUGGGGAGAUUAGUGUAAUAUUAGAUGCAAUUUUUAAAUUCUUUUUAAUUAUUCCAGUGACGAUGAGAAUGAAAAUUUUGACUAUGUAGCUGAAAGUACAUGUUUAGACCAAACUUUGUUUCAUUUUCACUGGCUGAAAUAACAAACAUCAGUUACUAUUGAAAAGGAAUCAUGGUUCAACCCUUUUGGGAAAGCUGUGAAUUCUUGAUUAUCUGCAUAACGGUUUGAUGGAAAGUAUUAUGAAAAUUACAAGUAUUUUACAAAUUAACCAGUUAUUAAUUCUACAUGAUAAUUUUCUGAGUAUGUCUAUCAUUCAAACUUAAGGUGGAAGUAUUGUAACAAAACAAAACAAACAAACAAAAAAAUACUUUUGUCAUGUGCAUACUGGCUCAAUAUAUAAAAUUAC